CAAACCUUCAGAAACAUUAGUGCUUGGACCAGUUGUCUGUACCUUAGCAGUCUGAAAAAUGGCAGGGAAUUACAGAGCACCACCAGAUGUAACACACAAUCCAAGCUUAAGAGAAGCUUUUCUCAAAGUCUUAUUAAUUAAAUUCUUUUUUUGUGAUAAUUUCUUUUAUUCAUUUUUUACAAUUAUAAUUUUUUUUAUAAUGAUGUGUAAUUUCUAAAAAUUUAAUUUUUAUUUUUUAAUUAUUUUUUAUUUGCCACGUCACACAUUUAACGGUCAACUGUCAUAGUUGACCGCCACGUCAGUCAAAGUUAACGGAGGUUAACGGAGAGUGACCGAAUUGAACUGUUCAACUAAUUCGAGUGACUAUCAAUGGAAUAAAUUAAUGUGAGUGGCAAACGUGAAAUUUUAUAGUAAUUCGAGUGACCAAACUUGCAAUUAAGCCAAUCGGUUUCACAACUUUGGUCUUUGGCAUGACACUUUCUCUACCUCGCUGGCGCUAGCAUUUUUGCACCAAAUCCCAGUUCCAAGGGUUUGACUUUGAACCGAACGACUUCUCUCUUCCGCUAAGACGAAGAAAUCAUCAGACGUGUGCUGAGCACGGCAGCUGUUUCUUCUUCCCCAGUCGUUGCUCUCUCUGUUCCCUUCCUCCUAACUCCGACCUAUCUUCUCCGACGAGAGAAGAGGAACUACCCCUCCUUCGUUUUCGCAUCUCUUCAACCUAACCCCUCUUCUCAUAUUCGUUGCUUCUUCCAAAUCACCCGAGACUCCAUGUGCAUUCUUGAUUCAGAUUCUAAAAAUACGGAAAAAGGGCAUUCACCUUUUUCCCGCUAUCUAUUUCAACAGAUUCAUGUUGUCAGCUGUCUUUUGAACACAGUUUCUACACUCGUAUCGCAUGAAGUACAAUUAUAAAGAAUAAAAUAUCUAACGUGCUGGCUGGCCGGCUGUGUGGAAGGCCCAUGUGCGCCUAUCAGUUGUUCGGUCAAUUGCCUCACUGAACUACUGAAGCCAACUCAAGUAUUUAUCGUCACCUUUAAUUUGUUGCUAGUUAAUAAUGAUUGUGUUUCCUAGAUUACAAAAUCAUAAAAGGGGACAGUUAGCAAUUUGCUAGCUGGGAUUGAAAGCUGGGUUUCACACCUUUCGCUUUAGCCAAUCACAAUCCCCUGCAAUUGCGCCUGAGCUCUCGCCCAUUCUUUUACGUCAGCAUCUGUUUUCUUAUCUUUGCUCUCUUCUCUGAUAAUCUCAGCCAAGAGACUUCAGUUCUGGGGAUCUGGGUUCAGCUGAUGCAUUGGUCAGGCUACUUGAAACCCAACUCGUAUUCUUUGAUUUGUGUGAGCAGUUAAUUAUCUUUUGCUGCUCUCGUCUUUGUUUGCUUGUGGGAAGUGAGGGGUGUUGCUGCCUUUUGUUCUUAUUAGCCUAAUUUAACGUGAUUUUGUACAUAGAGGGUAGAGAACUUCAUUUUAUUCACCACCAAGAACCAAAGGUAUUUUCUUUUGUUAGUUCUCCACCAUCUGUGGAGUUGAUCGAUUGAUGGGUCAUUCCAUACUCUUUGUUCUGUGUCUCUCUUUCUUUUCUCUCUUCUGUAUCUGCACAUCUUCCCCACUUCAAGAUCAGGAGAGAGACAAGAUUACUUCUUUGCCUGGGCAGCCUGAAAAUGUGGAUUUCAAUCAGUACUCAGGUUACGUUACUGUGAACCAGAAAGCUGGGAGGGCUUUGUUCUAUUGGUUUACAGAGUCUCCGGCCAGUAGGCAGCCCGAAUCAAGGCCACUUGUCCUAUGGCUCAAUGGCGGUCCUGGUUGCUCUUCUGUUGCUUAUGGAGCAGCCGAGGAAAUCGGACCCUUCCACAUCAGGCCAGACGGCAAAACUCUUUACUUGAACCCUUAUUCUUGGAACAACUUGGCCAAUUUGUUGUUCCUUGAAUCCCCCGCUGGUGUUGGGUUUUCCUAUUCUAAUACGACAGCAGAUUAUUACACCGCUGGUGACAAUAGCACUGCGGAAGAUUCUUAUACAUUUCUUAUCAAUUGGUUUGAGAGGUUUCCUCAGUACAAACACAGAGAUUUCUACAUUGCUGGAGAAAGCUAUGCAGGGCACUAUGUUCCUCAAUUGUCUCAGAUUAUUUAUGAAAGGAACAUUGGUGUUAAGAAUCCUGUGAUUAACUUUAAGGGUUUCUUGGUGGGGAAUGCAGUUACAGAUGAUUACCAUGAUUAUGUUGGCACAUUUGAGUAUUGGUGGACUCAUGGCCUAAUUUCAGAUUCUACCUACAAAUUGCUACGUGAUCGUUGUGAUACAGGGUCAUCUGAACACCCAUCUGCAGAUUGCAUAAAGGCCCUCAAAACUGCAGAGAUCGAGCAGGGAAACAUUGAUCCAUAUAGCAUUUUCACUAAACCUUGUUCUACCACUGAAUCACUGAAGCGCAACUUGAGGGGUCAUUAUCCAUGGAUGUCAAGAGCAUAUGAUCCAUGUACCGAGAGGCAUUCUACAGUGUACUUCAAUCUCCCUGAAGUUCAGAAAGCACUCCAUGCGAAUGUAACUAGGCUUCCACACGCAUGGGAAACAUGCAGCGACAUUGUGGGCAUCUACUGGGGAGAUUCCCCUCUAUCCAUGCUUCCUAUAUAUAAGGAACUCAUUGCUGCUGGUGUGAAGAUUUGGGUUUACAGCGGAGACACAGAUUCAGUGGUACCCGUGACUGCAACGAGAUACUCCAUUGAUGCACUGAAGCUUCCCACCAUCACCAACUGGUAUCCUUGGUACGACAAUGGGAGGGUUGGCGGAUGGAGCCAAGUUUACAAAGGGCUCACGUUCGUGACAGUGACGGGAGCAGGACAUGAAGUGCCUCUCCAUCGCCCUCGGCAAGCCUUCAUUCUUUUCAGAUCAUUUCUUGAGGACAAGCCAUUGGCCAUUGCCUAGCUAGCUAUCUAGCUACAUCAUGUGUAUGUCUCUUACCAAACCUUGAGAAACAUUAUGCUUGGAUCAGUUGUCUGUAGUUUAGCAGUCUCUAAAAAUGGCAAGGGAUUACAGAACACCACCAGAUAUAUAACACACAUAAAUGCCGAGCUUUAGGAAAGCUUUACUAUUAUUAUCUGCAGGCCUUCUUAUGUGCUGCUUCAUUUGUUGGACUCAGCUGCAGACUAAUUGAUUCAUUGUAUGGAAUUUGUGAAUUGUGACAUGUUGGUGAUGGAGCAAGUAAUUAUGUCCGUAGCCAAACUAAACCAGCCAACACUUUUUCCUUGAUCUAAACGCGAGGGCACAAAGUAUGUCAUAAUUUCUACUGAUUUUCACUCUCAACAACCUUUCAAAGUUAUUUGCGAACAAAGACUUGAUUUAGUAUUAAUAUCAUUCGUCUUGAACUUAAAGAUUUCAGAUUCAAAGCACUUAAUUAACAUAUAUAUGAAAUAUAGUAUUUAUAGUAUUUGUAAAAUCAUAUGAUGAUUGUAGCAAUUCAACAUCAAUUAAAGUAAAUCGAUGUCAUUAUUUCACCUUUUUUAUUGUAAUUUGAAUGAACUGCUUUUCUUUCUUAACAAAAUUUUGUAGGCUUUGGGCCUAUCAUGUACGGCCUUGUUUUUGGACGCAUUAUGAUGAUUUCAAGACACGUUACUCAUCUCUCCACUGCUCCACACUGAGCAGUGUUUAACUUCAAAAUUUUUAUAAGAAUUUCUUCAUUUCACACCGAAAUGCAUCUUGUUAGUUACGGUUGGAUGUUCCUCUUAAAUCAUAAACCUAUAGUGUAUUUUGUCAAUAUGGAAUAUGCACGAGGAGUUAUCACUUCUUCAAAAAUUUCGACCAGAAGCUAUGUGUGUGGCUGAAAGCCAAACAUGAACCACAAUCCUGGAAGAAAAAAACAACUGAGCAAAGAUUUUUGUAUUUGAUUUUGAAGGUGUGUGGAUAGCAAAGCAAAUAGCACAUGAGUGCAGGAUUUGGCAGGUUUGCUUUCCACCAAUGAAGCUGUAUUGCGGAUUGCCUCGUGUUUUUAUUUUCAACAAUGGCAGGUAAGGUUUCGGCAUCUUCGAUGCUUCCAGAAGCGGAGCUAUUUAAUGAUGCUUACUGGUGCAGCAACUGCCCACUACUCCACUAGUCUAUGGAGCAGAAAACCCACUUAUUAAAGUGAGAAAUUAGAUAGGUCCCAUUUUUCUUUAAACAAUUUUGAGGUUAGGGUAAUGUUUAUUGUAACUUGUAAGUGAGAAAACAAAGAGUUUGUCAACCUUCUGGGUUAAUUGAUAAACUACCAUUGGUUCUAUUUAAUUUAUUUAAGUUAAUUGUUGGGAAAAAAAUAAUAACUUUAAUAGAUUGACAGAGUGAGAAUCUUUGAUUUUAAAGGCAAUAAUACAAACUACAUAAAAUGUUCAAGCAUAUGUUACCACUCGGCAAAUGACUUAGUUUAGAUCAAUAUUUACUUGUACGCCUUGCUUAACAUCAUAUUGACGACGUCAAGAUUUGCAAUAACGAUAUUUAUGUAGUGGAGUCGAAUGUUAUAUUAAUUGGUCAACUUUGCAGGGUCCGUGAAGCUGCUAUCGGUGUAUUUUUUAAUUUUUAUUAUUUGUUAUUAUUAUUACUAAUGGUUGUUGUUUUCAUUUAGGACUAGUAUAACUAAUUAAAGGGAUCAUCCUUGGAGGGAAUGAAAUGAAGUUAGGCGAGGCAGAGUAGGAGAAGGUUUAGUUUUGGUUUAUAUGUAGAGACAUGUGGCUACUCGCUUUCAUAACCGAGAAGAAAAUAUUUAUUGAAAUUGGUUUUGUAUUAGUUAAGCGACUUUGUAGAUCUAGAAUGUUUCAGUUUAUGCUCCUACCUAUUAUCUGGAUAUACCAAGAAAGAUGUACGAUUGGUUUUGUAUUAGUUAAGCGAAUUGUGAUGCGAUUUUUCUUAGAGUAACCUCUCGCUCUUGGGGACGAAAAAAUAUCUUUAAUAUAU